AUGAUAAUUUUCAUGUCCGUGGCCCAGUAUGCAUUUGGUGCAUCUGCAGGCGAUUUGGUCGAGAGCAUGAUUGAACACGAAUUGCCAAAUGAUGGCAAGUUGUCGAAGGGAGAUGUCGGUGUGUUGUCGAAGGGAGAUGUCGGUGUGGUGAAAGGCGUGUCUACUUCAGACCCCAACCGUUUCUUGUGCGAGUUCAAGAAUUCCUUGUUCGAUACGUUGCCGUCCCAGGUGAAGCAAACGAACUUUCGAGUUGGCGACUUGGUCGAGAGCAAGGUUGAACACGAAUUGCCUAAUGGUGGCAAGUUGUCGAAGGGAGAUGUCGGUGUGGUGAAAGGCAUGUCUACUUCAGACCCCAACCGUUUCUUGUGCGAGUUCAAGAAUUCCCUGUUCGAUAUGUUGCCGUCCCAGGUGAAGCAAACGAACUUUCGAGUUGGCGACUUGGUCGAGAGCAAGGUUGAACACGAAUUGCCUAAUGGUGGCAAGUUGUCGAAGGGAGAUUUCGGUGUGGUGAAAGGCAUGUCUACUUCAGACCCCAACCGUUUCUUGUGCGAGUUCAAGAAUUCCCUGUUCGAUAUGUUGCCGUCCCAGGUGAAGCAAAUUUCGAGUUGGCGGUUUGGGCGAGAGCAUGAUUUAGAGUUGUCAUCGGGUAGUGGUACGUCUGUUGUGGUGAUGGGCAUUGCGUGCGCAUGGCUGGUUGGUACAAGUGAGGUAUCGGGGAUGUCUAUUAGGUUCUCUGGUGGGGCGAGUCGGCUGUAG